AUGGAGCAGCCGCCCCAACAGCAGCCGCCCCUGGAGCCGUCACUGCAGCAGCCGCUCCUGCAGCAGCAGCCCCAGGUGCAGCCGCCCCAGCAGCAGCCGCCCCUGGACCCGGUACGCCCUUUGCUGCCUGUGCCUGUGCUGCCCGUGCCUGCGCUACCCGUGCCUGUGCUGCCCGUGCCUGUGCUGCCCGUGCCUGUUGCUGCCCGUGCCUGUGCUGCCCGUGCCUGUGCUGCCCGUGCCUGUGCUGCCCGUGCCUGUGCUGCCCGUGCCUGUGCUGCCUGUGCCUGUGCUGCCUGUGCCUGUGCUGCCCGUGCCUGUGCUGCCCGUGCCUGUGCUGCCCGUGCCUGUGCUGCCCGUGCCUGUGCUGCCCGUGCCUGUGCUGCCUGUGCCUGUUGCUGCCUGUGCCUGUGCUGCCCGUGCCUGUGCUGCCCGUGCCUGUGCUGCCCGUGCCUGUGCUGCCCGUGCCUGUGCUGCCCGUGCCUGUUGCUGCCCGUGCCUGUGCUGCCCGUGCCUGUGCUGCCCGUGCCUGUGCUGCCCGUGCCUGUGCUGCCCGUGCCUGUUGCUGCCCGUGCCUGUGCUGCCCGUGCCUGUGCUGCCCGUGCCUGUGCUGCCCGUGCCUGUGCUGCCCGUGCCUGUCGCUGCUCGUGCCUGUUGCUGCCCGUGCCUGUGCUGCCCGUGCCUGUGCUGCCCGUGCCUGUUGCUGCCUGUGCCUGUUGCUGCCUGUGCCUGUGCUGCCCGUGCCUGUGCUGCCCGUGCCUGUUGCUGCUUGUGCCUGUUGCUGCCCGUGCCUGUGCUGCCCGUGCCUGUGCUGCCCGUGCCUGUGCUGCCCGUGCCUGUUGCUGCCCGUGCCUGUGCUGCCCGUGCCUGUGCUGCCCGUGCCUGUGCUGCCCGUGCCUGUGCUGCCUAUGCCUGUUGCUGCCCGUGCCUGUGCUGCCCGUGCCUGUGCUGCCCGUGCCUGUGCUGCCCGUGCUUGUGCUGCCCGUGCCUGUGCUGCCCGUGCCUGUUGCUGCCCGUGCCUGUGCUGCCCGUGCCUGUGCUGCCCGUGCCUGUGCUGCCCGUGCCUGUGCUGCCCGUGCCUGUUGCUGCUCGUGCCUGUUGCUGCCCGUGCCUGUGCUGCCCGUGCCUGUGCUGCCCGUGCCUGUUGCUGCCCGUGCCUGUGCUGCCCGUGCCUGUGCUGCCCGUGCCUGUGCUGCCCGUGCCUGUGCUGCCUGUGCCUGUUGCUGCCCCUGUCGCUGA